CAGUUCUCCGCUAGUCUCAGUCAGCCUCAGACGAGUCUUGUUAGUCCGAUAAAUAUUUAUUUUAUUUUAUCAAGUAAAUUACCGUGUACUUGUGUUAUUUUAUUUAUCAGUGCUCAAUUUAAUAACAAUAAUAAUAAAAGUGUACAUAUACAUAUACAUAUACUAUAUACUUGCUGUGAUCACAUGAGAAUCCGGCUUUCGUAGUUGAAUACGAACACGCAGACGCGCAUAAUAUCCUCUCUCGAAAAUUUUUCGUGCGCACACCGCCAUUUUUGUUGUACAGCAUUAUAGUGAAUUACAAUUCGGUAGUGUGUUCAGUUGGUUCAUUAAAUAAUUAACUAUAAUAAUUAUUUAAUUAAAAAAAAAUCAAUAAACAUUUUAAUUGAUUUAUUAUUAAAUAAAGUGUAUUAAUAAUGAAGAUGGUAGACAAAAUUGAAAUGAGCCUAGACGAUAUAAUCAAGCAAAAUAAAGGAGGAAGAUCGCGUGGCGCGGCUAGACGAGGCAGAGGUUCCACCGGUAAUUUGCAACGACGAGGUCCGCGUGGAUCACCCAGAGCUGGUGGUGGAGUUAUGCGAGGACGUAACCGAGGUGGAAUUUCACGAGCGACUGCUUCUUACACACGAGGUGAUGUAAAUAGUGCGUGGAAACAUGAUAUGUUCGAGGGCGUCAAGAAAGUCGGAAGAGGUUCAAUCGGUAGCACAGGGACUACCAAACUCCUUGUGUCCAACCUCGACUUUGGAGUAUCCGAUUCUGAUAUUCAGGAAUUAUUUAGUGAAUUCGGGCCAUUGAAAUCUGCGUCAGUGCAUUAUGACAGAUCAGGACGUUCUUUGGGAUCUGCUGAUGUAAUUUUUGAACGAAGAGCUGAUGCGAUCAAAGCUAUGAAGCAAUACAAUGGUGUCCCUCUUGAUGGUCGUGAAAUGAACAUUCAAGUCGCUACAUCUGAAUUGCCUGUAACAACAUCCAUUCGUGGAUCAUCAAGACUUCCUGCAACCAAUUUCCCCCAGAGAUCAACGACGAAUCGAUUCCGGGGUGCUCGUGGGGCUGGUGCGACAAGAGGUCGUGGUGGUGCGAGUGGAAGACGAGGUGCGGGUGGACGAGGCGGAGGCACUAGAACACCAGCAAAAACCCCAACUGCCGAAGAGUUGGACGCUGAAUUAGAAGCUUACGUAAAAGAAGUCAAGUAGCCAGCUAUUAAUAAAUGUCGGGAUUAAAAUUAUAAUAAUAAUAUUUCAUUUCUUUUUAAAAUAUAUCGCGUAUAAUUCUGAUUGAACACUUGAAAGUGUUGUUUGUCGAUAACUCAUAAUUAAUGAACACGAUAUUAAUUAUUUAAUAAAUAAGCGAAUAAAAUUUAAAUAAUUAUUAAUAGAGAUAAAUUUUCAAAGUCUUACACAUGACUUUAGCAUAUAAAUUACGCCUAGAACUUUCAUCAUAAUUCAUUUUGAAAAAGUUAUUGUAUCGUUUGUAAUUAAAAAAGAAAUGGUACAAAAAUUAAAGGUAAAUCUAAUAAGAUAAUUACCUUCUGAUUGAUUAAAUGAUAACAAAGAUAGAAAAUAAUUGUUUUUUUUUCUUCGUAAUUACUUUUCUUUUUUAAAUUGAACUAACAAAUGUAAAAAUUGAUUGAUACAAUUUUGAAACAUCAUUUAGUUAUAGACUUUAAGACAAAAGAUUAUAAUAAUUUAUAAAAUACUUAUGAAUUUUGUAUGUAAACUUCACCUGCGUGUGAUGAGUACUAAUUGAAAAGUAAAAAAAAAAAAAAAAAAAAAAAAAUAGAUUGAAUUUAUCUCGAGCUUAUUCUUCAUCCAAAGUAUGCGUACAUUUUUAUUUUAUAAGCUUUUUUUUAUAACUAUUUAACAUAAAACUAAAACUGAUUAAUUUUUAAAGAUAAAAAAACUAAAUAAAUUUUUUUUUUAA